GAAAAUUGUGGAUAAGAAAUGGGGAGCCAUACGGCGACUACUACGUCUCGACACUGAGAACAAGCUCCUCGAGCUCCACUCGAAUGGCCACCGCCGCCAUCACCUCCCUUCUUCUUUCUCGCUGCCUCGUCACCACUACCAACAAAUCCAACACUCUUCACCCUCUGAUCCCCAAUUUCAACCUCUCAAACCCUACCACUCUUCUAAUCCGAACCCUCUCCCUCUCCCCUUUCCUCCCCCUCCGCAGCCGUUCCCAAUACUCCGUGGUUGCAGCAGCAGCGGCGUAUGCGGAGUCCGAUGAUAGAGAUGGAGAUUCGGAGGAUGGUGAGGCAUCGAUGUCGCAGGAGACGCCGGAAGAGGCCGGGAGGCUGUAUGUUGGGAACCUCCCUUACUCGAUGACCUCGUCGCAGCUCGCCGAGCACUUUUCCGAGGCCGGCCAAGUGAUAUCCGUGGAUCUCGUCUACGACCGCGUCACCGAUCGCAGCCGUGGCUUCGCCUUCGUCUCCAUGGCCUCCCACGAUGAUGCCCUCAACGCCAUUCGCAUGUUCGAUGGCUCCGAAGUGGGAGGGAGGACGAUGAAGGUGAACUUCCCGGAGGUUCCUAGGGGAGGUGAGAGGGAAGUGAUGAGUUCCCGGAUAAGGGCUGCAUCACGGGGAUACAUCGACAGCCCACACAAGGUGUAUGCAGGGAACCUAGGCUGGGCAGUCACAGGACAGUCCUUGCGCGACGCUUUUGCAUCUCAGUCUGGUAUUCUCGGUGCCAAGGUAAUCUAUGAUCGAGACUCUGGCCGCUCUCGUGGUUUCGGGUUUGUCUCCUUUGCAACUGCAGAGGAGGCCCAAGCUGCCAUUGAUGAGAUGAAUGGAGUGGAAGUCGAAGGACGGCCUCUCAGGCUAAGCCAUGCUCAACGGAAACCACCACCUACUCCAGGUCCAGAAGUAGCUGCUUCACAGUCAGUUGAUGAGGAACUAAUGGAAGUGCAUUGAACUUCAGCUCAUGUUGAUGAGAUUAUAGGUGGCUGUAUAAACAAGGUGGUUAAUGAGCAAUAGAAGAGAAUGAUUGUUUUUUCCA